AUGUGCAUGCGAGCCGAUUGCCCUAAGUGCAAGAAAGUGUCAUGGUGGGGAUGCGGAAAGCAUAUACCUUCUGUCAUGGACAAGGUCCCUAGAGAGCAACGGUGCACAUGCGGACCUGCCCUGGAAGUCGACGGGAAGAUGUAUCCUCCCAAACCUCCAGGCUUGUUCACCGAUUGCUCCGUCUCAUGA